GUUUACUCUGUUGUGAUGUUUUUGUCUUUUAGACACAAAUUGAGUUUGGAUUUUGUAACUGGGCCCAAUGGUGAUUUCAUCCUUUUUCAUUUCAAACGCCCAUUUGGUUUAUUUCUUGGACCUGCAUGCCUUAGACCGACUGAAGGAUCAGUCUUUGACAUCUUCUUUGUGAAAAACACAGAAGGCUAUGAGAUAUAUGUGAAUGGGCAGAAGUCUUCAGAGCUCGUACAUCACAUACCAGUGAAGAAUAUAACAACACUUCAUAUUUCUGGACGUGUCAUAAUGAACACUGUUGGUAUUGUUGCAAACUGGAGCGAAUCUACUUUUGGUAAGGAACUCAAGACUGGCAUCUCACGCACAAAGAGAUCUGACAUCCAGUGUGAUGUGCCACAUCCAGUCUGCAACCCUUACAAUCCAUAUUCGGGAUCAAUCCCUGGAGGCUUGAGACAUGGUGUGGCUUUGUUCUUCCAAGGGGUUGUUCCAGUAGAUUAUGAAUGUUUUGAAAUAAACUUGCAGACCGGGCCGAAGAACCCUCAUGACAUUGCUCUCCAGCUCAAACGAAGCAGGGACUCAACAGAUGUGGUCCUUAACAGCUGCAAGUAUGGGACAUGGGGAAAUGAAGAGAAGGCCCCAGGAGGCCCAUUUGUUGGAGGAGCACCUUUUGAUAUCAUCAUGGUUAUUAAACCAAAAUGCUAUAAGGUGAUGGUGAAUGGCCUGGAAUACUGCAAGUUCAAGCAUCGUAUACCGGUGGACGAAGUGACUACACUUAACAUUAGUGGAGACGUCUUCAUGAACACCUUCGGCAUUACUAAAGUGGAUGAUAUUAAUCUGAAAGUCACCGUCACCAAUCCUGCCAAUAUCUGAGGAUUUGCAUCUUCCCCAAAACCACUGAUUGAUGGAUUUUUUAUAUUCUGCUCAGGUAUAUCACAGUUACAACAGUUUAUGGACAUGAUUUGUCUUUUAAUUAAUUUUUUUUUUUCCUA